AUGACUACCGUUCAGAAAAUAAAGGAAAUCGAAGAUGAAAUGGCCAAAACUCAAAAGAACAAGGCCACGAGCUACCAUCUCGGCCAGUUAAAAGCCAAGCUCGCCAAACUACGACGCGAACUCAUCUCUCCCUCUGGAGGAGGGGGUGGUGGUGGUGGUGGUAUCGGUUUCGACGUCGCAAGGCAAAACUAUUCAUUCGACUGCCCUUCAGUCAUUCAUUCAACAUAUAUACAGGACUGGCAUAGCUUCCGUUGGCUUUGUUGGCUUCCCUUCAGUUGGAAAAGUCUGUUCCGCCAUCCAUCGCUCUAUUCAGCUCAUCACUCAAUCAAGCCCUAG